UAACGACACUGCGCAUGCGCCCCUCAGAGCCUGUCAGUGCCAUAGCAACCGGAGCCGACAUCAACAUCAAGAUGGCGAAGGCAACGACUGUAAAGGAAGCUCUUGCCAAAUGGGAGGAGAAGUCAGGGGAGAAGGUGACUGAAGCCAAAGCUGUAAAACUUUACGGUCAGGUUCCUCCUAUAGAGAAGAUGGAUGCCUCUCUGUCCACACUUACCAACUGCGAGAAAUUAUCACUAUCCACAAACUGCAUAGAGAAAAUAACCAACCUGAAUGGCCUGAAAAACCUAAGGAUAUUGUCAUUAGGUAGAAACCGUAUUAAGGCACUCAAUGGGCUGGAGGCAGUAGGGGACACGUUAGAGGAGUUGUGGAUCUCAUAUAACUUGAUCGAGAAACUGAAAGGAAUUCAGUGCAUGAAGAAUCUGAAGGUCCUGUACAUGUCCAACAACCUGGUCAAAGAAUGGGCGGAGUUUGUCAGGCUAGCUGAUCUGCCAUGCUUGGUGGACCUGGUGUUUGUUGGAAACCCACUGGAGGAGAAACAUUCAUCAGAGGGAAAUUGGAUGGAAGAAGCCUCUAAAAGACUACCCAACCUAAAGAAACUAGAUGGUACCCCUGUCAUCAAACAGGAAGAUGGAGAAGAAGGAGAUGGAGAGAGCUGAGAAGCAUAACUGCCUGCAGGACUAUGACCACAUAUGCCCAAGAGUCCUCUCUUUUUUAAGUUUUCUUACUGUUUUCAUGGUGCUUUUCUUUAUAGUAAAUGUUUUUACAGCAA